GCCAUGUUUGCAUUGUUCCUGUGUGUGCUUUUCCGCUUGCUGCAGCCACCUCUGUCACGUGCCUCCUAAGUUGCCACGGACUUCCACAGCAUUUUUGCCAGAGUUCUCAAAGUCUUACUUUUUAAAAAAUCUGCUGCAUAGGAUCACUGGCAUGCCCACAAUGUCAGAUGUGGCCAUGGAUACCAGCUCCAAGAUCACCACCAAAGACUUAAAGGAGAAGAAGGGAGUGGAAGAGGCAAAGAAUGGAAGAGAUGCACCUGUUAAUGACAAUGCUAAUGAGGAAAAUGGGGAGCAGGGGGCUGACAAUGAGGUAGAUGAAGGAGAGGAAGAAGAAAUGGAGGAGAAGGAAGAGAAGGAGGAAGGUGAUGGUGAGGAAGAGGAUGGAGAUGAAGAUGAGGAGGCUGAGGCAGCCAUGGGCAAUUGGACAGCUAAAGAUGAUGAGAAUAACGAUGUUGACACCAAGAGGCAGAAGUUCGAUGAGGAUGACUGUAAAGCAAAAAAGGAAAACUUAAACUUAAAAAAAAAGGCCACUGUGAUCUAUUUACACUGCACUUCCCAUCUCAGAAUCUAAACAUGGUCACCUUCAAGUAGAGAUUCCCACCCACCCACUGCAGGCAGCACCACUCUCAGG